CUCUUCUCUCUCUGUUUCUGUUUCUUUGUCUCUCCCUCUUGGUCCUGAAGUCAGACAUGUGUGUGAGUGUGUGUGAGCUCCGCAUCAGAGCAGAGUAACCCUGGCUUUGAUCCACUGGCUGCAGAUCACAGAAGACCUCCAAAAAGUCCACCAAAAGGGUGACCAGACGUGGGCGGCCAUGCUGGGGCAGAGCGUGCGGCUGCAGCCCGUCCCCAUCCAGAGCCUGUCCGAGCUGGAGCGCGCCCGGCUGCAGGAGGUGGCCUACUGCCUUCUGGAGGAACGCGACCUGGACUUCAAGAUAAGCAUCCCCAGAGAGAUACGGAAGAGGAGGAAAUCACUAAGGAGGAAGUUGGACUCUUUCUCCAAGGAGAAGAAAGACAGAGAGUCCGCCCCCAAGGCGUUCGGCAUCCCCCUCUCCCAGGUGAUCGCCAACGACCGCGCCCACAAGCAGCGGCAGGACGCGCUGAAGGAGAGCCGGCGGGACUGCCUGGACCUGGAGGCGUCCGUCCUGCGCUUCAGGGCCGAGAAGAGACAGCUCUGCAACGGGGGCGGCCCCGGGGCCCUCUGCUCCGCGCCGGGGGCCGCCGGAGGAGGGGACCUCACCUGCAAGCCGCUGUCGCCCCGGUCCCGGGACGCCACCGGGCGCGUGCAGAGGAGGGGCGGUCUCUCGGUGGACUCCAUCUCUGACCUUGUAGAGAGCCAGUCCCGCCUGCUGGAGGCGCUGCAGCUCUCCCACCCGGCGGAGCUGGGCCUGAAGAAGUCCCAGGGGGGCGGGGGGGCGUCAGACGGCGGGACCCAGACCAAGCUCAGCCUGAACCCCAUCUACAGACAGGUGCCCCGCGUGCUGGAGCGCUGCUGCUGCCACAUCGAGAACCACGGUCUUCAGACUGUGGGGAUCUUCAGAGUCGGUAGCUCUAAAAAGAGAGUACGACAGCUGCGGGAGUCUUUCGACGUGGGGACCGACGUGCACCUGGACGAGGAGCACAGUGUUCACGACGUGGCGGCGCUCCUCAAGGAGUUCAUCAGGGACAUGCCGGACCCCCUGCUGCCCCGGGAGCUGUACCCCGCCUUCCUCCACGCCAACCUCUUGAGGGGUACGGACCAGCUCCAGUACCUGCAGCACCUGCUCUUCCUCCUCCCUGCGUGUAACUGUGACACGCUGCUGCGCCUCCUCACGCUCCUCCACAUCGUCCAGAGCUACGCCCAGGACACCACCGGACCCCAGGACCAGGAGAUCCCAGGUAACAAGAUGACGGCUCCUAACCUGGCGGUGAUCUUCGGGCCCAACCUCCUGCAGGGGGAGUGGGGGGCCGGGACCGGGGGCGGGGCCGGGGCCGACCUGGGCAUCGAGGACAGCACCGCCAUCAUCAACGUCACGCUGGUCCUCAUACAGACCUACAGGAGGCUCUUCACUGUGUCUGCUGAACUGCAGCAAGAGGUAUUGAUGAGUCUGAUCCAGACUGAUCCAGAUGUUAUUGAUUACCUUCUUCGCAGGAAACACAGCGGGUGUCAGGUGACCCCGGAGGGCGGCGGCGGCAGCGGGCGCAGCAGCGUGAGCAGCGUGCAGAGCGGCGGGCGGAGGGACACAGGGGCGUCGCUGGACUCGGUCGGGGUGUCCAGCGGGAGCCUGUCCCCCCUGGAGCCCCCCUCCCCCCUCUUCCCCCCCGACGGCCAGGGGGGCGAGAUCAGCCUCAGCAGCGAGGUCUUCCUCAACGUCAUCAAACUGCACCAGAACAGGAAGAAGCAGGAGAACCGCAACGGAGGCUCGGAGGGGCCGUCCAGUAAAUCCAUCCGUCACAUCAGGCAGUUCCACUCCCACCACAACCUCCUCAGCCUGGUCAGCUCCUCCACCUCCAGCUCCACCUCCACCUCCUCCCUGUGCGCCUCCUCCCCCCGACUCCAGGGCCAGGAGUCGUUGGACAGGGAGGCCCAGGAGAGGAGGUGCCCCAUGGGCUUCAGCCUGGGUGGAGGAGGAGGUGGAGGGGUUGGAGGAGGAGGAGGAGGAGUAGGAGGAGGAGGAGGUGAGGCCGGGAGCGUGUGGGUGAGUCGGAACCCUCCCGCAGGGGAGGAGAAGACCUCCCCCGUCAGCAACUUCUGGGACUUCUUCACGGGGAAGGGAUCGAGCUCUGAGACGGUGGUUUGAAGAGGAGGAGGAAGAAGAGGAAGAGGAGGAUGGGAUGGGGAUGAAGAGAAAGGAGGGGGGAGGAGAGAACGAAUCAGGGUCACACCAUGUGAUGAAGAAUAGGAGGAAGGGCAAAGAUGGAAAGGGGAGAAGGAUGAAGAUGAACACGAUGUUGGAAAUAUGAAGAUGAGGAGUGACUGUGAAGAAGAUGAAGCAGAGGAGGAGUGAAACGAUUUCUCGGAGUGACCAGCUGUCGUUUUUUUCCCCGUCGUUUUCAGCAUGGCGAGGACGUGCGUGUUGGAAAGCAGGAUAUGAUGUCAUGAAAUUUUAUCCACUUCCUGGUCACAAGAUUAUUUUUUAGAGAAUGAAGUGAAUGAAACAGUUUGGCCAUUGCAAUUCUGAAAGUGAAAAAAACACACACACACACACACACACACACACACACACACACACACACACACACACACACACACACACACACACACACACACACACACACACACACACAGUAUUUGGCUCACUGACACUGUGAACUAAGCAAUAAGGAGGAGAACAGCUUGUUCGCAGUUGUCCCUAGUUCCAUCUUCAUCCAUGUUUUUGUGGCUUUGGCUGCCUGGAAAUGGAACAGCUCAAAUGGAACAGCUAUCGGCUAUCGGCUAUCAGCUAUCGGUCCUCUGUCGCUAUACAAGAGGUUUUUGUCAUCCAAAAAGCUUUGAAUAAUAUGUCUUUGUAAAGUUCACUCACGCACACUAUGCACACAAAAAACCGAUCAGUUGAUCAGCAUGCAGUAUGUCUAUUUUUCUUAUGCAUGGUUUGUCGAACAGUGGCGAACAGUACGACUGUUUUCUUUAUAUGUACAAUCUGCAGAUUACCCCAUGUGACCGCUAUAGUUUCAAUAAGAACUGAUGGAUUAUUGACGAUUAAAUAAAAGCAUAGUAGGAUAUAUGUAUAUGUUAUGUUCAUAUAUAAUAUAUGUAUAUUUUUCUUAUAGUAUAUGUUUUCUUUUUCCUAUAAUGAUAAGAAAUAUCUUCGCAAAUAUUUCACAAUGCAGUAAUUAAAAGGUGGUAUUAGAUUAUGAAACUGAAAUCGAACAAGCUGUAAUUAUAUAUUGGACGUCUUUUAUAUUGCUGUAUUACACAAUGGGUCCGUAUUAUUAAAGGACAAUUCCGGUAUUUUGAACAUUGAACCUACCACCGGAAACCGGACCGGAAACGGAAACUGAAAGGGGGGCUGCUUGGUUCUAGAGCUCGUAUGUACGCCUCUUCCGAUAGACCCCUCAUGGGACUUCUGGGCGAGGAAAAUUCGAAUGGGAGUCAAUGGAAAGAAAUGUAUUAUUUUCUAAUCCCAGUCAAUAAAUGCCUUGGAUUACACACAUGUUUUGUGUGGGUCCAAAUAAUAAUUGUUCACUUAAAGACUUUGACCGUUUAUUGCACAAUUGUUCAGUUAAAGGCUGUAGAGAAAACACAAUGAGAAAGACUACACGUCUCGUAUGUGACGUCAUGCUCCCUGCGACUUGCGUGGACAAGACCGACAAUCUCCCUAUCGUCAUAACUGAAAAUCUACACAUGGCCCGAUUUAUAAUGGUUAUCACCUCUCUCGAUGCCGUUAUCCUCCCCUUGGAAAAAAGCGGUGAAGUGGAGCAGAGAGAUCGUCAUGUCUGUACAAGAGUUGUGGUGACGCAUAUGAUUCGCGUCGAGAGCAGCGAGGGGCUGUAGUUCACAAAGCGGCCUCACACAAAGCCUAACAUUAUCUAACUUCCUCGCGAUUUUUUUUUGUUUUCUUUGCAUGAGGAAUUAUAAUAUAAAUCCACAGACAACAUAUGUGUAAUCCAGUUCAUACAAAGACUGGGACCAGAAAAUAAUUACUUUCUCUCAAUUGACUCCCAUUCAUAUUUUACGAUCUGAGAGGUCCCAUGGGGGUCUACCGGAAGGGGCGGACUUACGAGCACUAUAGGUCCAUUUUAUAGCCCCACUGUUGAGACGUAACCCAAUGGACCUAUUAUAGAACCGAGAGGGCCGAGCGAAAAUAUUACAACCCAUCCCCUUUCCGUUUCCGGUCCGGUUUCCGUUUCAAUGGAUUUACAAAAUGCCAAAUGGAACACGCAGAAACUUUAUUUCGCUACGAUACUUGAUUAGGAACAUCAACGAACACCCCUUACCACUCGGUGAGUUUUACAUUACUGAAAACGAACGUUUAGGGUUUGAGUUGUUGGGGGGGGGGGGGGGGGGGGGGGGGGGGUUUGGUGUUAUCCACUCGAUUUCAUCCUAGGCAAACCAACGGAAGAGGAGGAUUAGCCACUCAUAAUAAAAAAAAGUUCUGACUUUUUUCUUAGAAUUCUGACUUUUUUCUCAGAAUUCUGAUAUUAAAGUCAGAAUUUUUACUUUAAACUAGGCUAGUAGGCUAGGGCAACUGGCUACUCUGCGUGUGGUUUCCUCGUUCCUGUCUCUCCCAGUCCCACGGAGGUUGGUCCGGUACGCAGUUCUGAUUUUUUUCGCAUAAUUCUGAGAUUAAAGUUAGAAUUCUGAGAUUAUAAUCAGAACUCUGACUAUUAUCUCAGAAUUCUGAGAAUUAAGUCAGCACUUAAUUUCUUUUUAAUAUGUGGCCGUAAUCCUCUUCCGUACAAACCAGAAAGUGGGCUCAAUGUUAAAAAUACCGGAGUGUCCUUUAAAAACUCUUAACGUGUAGUAUCCAUCUGACCACAAGGUGGCCCUGUUGACCAAGUUCCCACCCCUGUGAAUAUCUUACACUAUGUUCAGUGGCGAUCUUUGUCCAAGAGGGCCUAAAGGGCCUACUAUUUCUGAUUGAUUUUUUUAUUCUUUAAUUGAGUGGAAAUACGUUUCCUAAGUAUUUUUCAGAAGAGUUAUUUGCCUCUCAAAUAUUGGGGCAGGUGUGUGGAUGGAUGAGUCAGUGAUGAACAUGCGUGGAUGAUUUGGUUUGAGUGAGCGAUUGAGUGAAUAAGUGAUAGGGGAAGAUUGUGACCUGAUGGAUUGGUGUUGCAUGCCCCAUUUAACAGUCCAAUCACCUUUGAUCCUUGUGGUUAUUCAGAUCCAGAGUGAAAGUGAUAUGCAUUGAAAUGUCUUGGAUGGAACCGGAUGGCAUUAGAAUAUCAUCAGGCCCACACACUGCCAACUUUAUUCUCUAUCAAACAGAUCUAAUCCUAUCAUCGUGUAUAAUAUUUUAAUGAGUCUUCCAUUGAUUACAUUUGUAAAUCUGCAUGUGCAUAAAUUGUGCGACGUUUCUAGGUAAUAUAUUUCCCUAUGGAUUCCGGGUAUGAAGAAAAUAUAUUUUAAUUUGCUAACCUACCAUUACGUUUUUGUGUGUUUAUCUGGUAAAUGUAUGGUACCCCCAAGCAUGCUAAUGAUAAGAAGUUACAACUGUGUUUGCGUCCCGUCAGUGAUCCAGAAACAGAACACUAAAUAAACAACGCCUCAAGGCGCAUGGAAACAGUGA